AUGGCAUGGAAAAAGUAAGAAAAAACUGUCGAUUGUUUGUGAUGAUCACAACCAAAGUCUCGUCGAGAAACUAGAGAAGUUAGCUACAAUGAUUACCGACAAGCUCAAUACAAACAGCGAGCUUCGACACGAAGGCAAUAUGGCGGGCGAAAGCAAAAAGUCUCAUAGCCUUUUGGCAUGUAAUGCUGAUAGCUAUUCACAGCAGACGAACAAUGUAAGUGAAUACGAACCAGAGAAAACCUUGUUAUUGCAAGGACUUUACAUUACAAAUCAAGCGUAUCGAAGUUGAAAUGAAGCUAUUACAAAAUCGAAUGGACGCUCAUGAGAUUGAUGAUCCCACCGUACCUUGAAACAGUGAUCUGUCGCUACGACGGGAAAAUGUUCGCUUACAAAGUGACUUGGAAUCAGCUAAAUCCACAAUAAAACAACUUAAAACAAAAGUAAACGAAUUGCAAAGUAAAAAACUAGCCUCACCACGGUAAUUAGAUUAUUACAAGAAGACAUUUUCCUGUCACUGUAAUUAGUUACAGUGACAGGAACAAUAAUGCAAAUGAUCAGCAAAAGAACGCUUGGACUGCAGCAAAGACACCGAAGAAAAGGAGAAAGAAAUCUACGUAUGUUACCAAAGAAAGAUUGCCCACUGCAUCAACCAAUGCUGUUACAGUGGAAACCGCAUCAACGAGUGCUGUUACAGAGGAAAAUAUAGCACUCGCGGAUACAAUGCCAGAAGAACUGAAUGUAAAUGGUCAUUCUAAUAGUCAAGGAGAAACCCAGGAAAGCAGCAGUAAUAUGCAAGAGGAGCAAAGUAGAGCCCAUAAUAGUAAACAACGGGUCUUUCUAUUUUAUGAGUUCGAGUUGAUAAAAUCGAGUUAUGAGUUCGAGUUCAAAAAUCGAGUUAGCAUUUUUGUCAGCGGUAACACAAAAUAAUAUAUGUUAAUUCAGCCGUUCCGCACGUUGUAACCAAUAAUUUAUUGGCGUUGUAAUGCCAUUGUAUGCAAUAAAGUAUUGGUUACAAUGGAUUUACAAUUAAUCCAAACGCUAAUCCUAACUCAAACCCUAAUCCUAACCCUAAUCCUAACCCCUAACCCUAACCCCACCUUCUAACCCCUAACCCCUAACCCCACCUGCUAGGCCCGCAACCUAACCGCAAACCCUAACUGUGGGGAUUUUGAUCAGCAUUUUGACCCCGAGUUGGGGCAAUUUGAAGCGAAUGACUUUUAUUAACAUAGUAUUUAUUGGAAUUUAUUGCAAAAUGGUGGGGCGUUUGAGUUUGACCAAUAUUUAUUGCCCGACGGUGGGGCAUUUGAUUGAAAAUUUGCUCAAAAAAUCAAAUACCCCACCCAUGCCCGACCCCUCCCCCCUCUAGAGCUUAACAUUGAUAGGUGCAUUAGUUUUUGGCAAACGCCAAAGGCGUGAGACUGACUAGGGGUGUCCAGGGGCAUUCCCCCGGAAAAUGUUUUGAAAUAUAGAGCCCCUGAAAUUCGAUUUAAAGCAUUUUUGGGAUGUAAUCUUGCAUAAUUCCCAAUCUUAUAAAGUGCGUCGAAGGCAUAUAUUUUCCCUGACAUUUCACCUUGCAAUUAAAUAAAUUGAAAAAGUCACCUUCAAAAACAGGAGUGAUCAGAGUGACCUUGUUUUCCCUUUUUGAUAAUGGAGGGGGGGGGGGAGGAGAAAAUCCCAAUGUAAUUUUGAUCAGAAAAGUUGCAUUUAAAUAAAUUCUAGGUUAUGAGAUACCAUUUCUGCAUUCUCAAAAUUGUGUUUCUUUUUUAUACGAUACAGAAUAAGUCAAGUAAAUAUGAGAAGAAAUAUUCAUGCUAAGAUAAUGCAUGCAUGUAUUUAACUGUUAAAAAUCUAAACUAAAUCCAUUCUUCUUGGAACCAUAUAACUACAAUUGUUUUAACGAGAUCGUACAAAAAAUCAAGUUCCUCAAGUAAAUCGUCGUUUUCCUCAGUCGAGGCGUACUUAGCCAGUUUCAGCUUCGAGCAUGUAACAUGUACCCUCUAGCCUCCCUCCCCCCCUGGCUACGCCACUGCCGAUACAUUUAGUGUUAUUUGUUUUACAAGGCCAAUUCUAAAAACAAAAGGAAACUAGAUGAAUUUGAAUGGUGGGAUGAAGGGUUGUACAACCCUGGCGCCCCAGUAUUGCCUCUUGGUCUGUCUGGAAGUCCAAGAACUAAAGUAUGUACUGUACAUAUAAAAAUGUAAAAAAUUCCAACUUUUUAAUUAUUUGUUUGCCUUGUUUGUUUAAAAAGGUGUUUCUCAAAUCCUGCUACAUUUUAUGCUUUUAUAUAUAGUUUUAGAUUUCAAUUGUAUAAUAUGUAAUUAUAAAUACACCAGCAUCAUGUAAUAUUGCCGAUUGAGGAAAUAUUGUGUGAGCUUAAAAUUAAAACUCUUUUUGUAGUGUAGUGAAGAUAGCAAAAAUUUCAAGGGCGAAAGCAGUAAAAGCAAGGUAUGUGGGCCCAUGAUUGAGGACAUAUGCCAUUGCUGUAAUGAUAUAGAAGUAAGUUAGUUAUGUAAUAAUUUUUCAUUUUUUGUAUUGGUUCUCUUCUUUAAUUAAGGAAAAACCAAGCAAACAAUGCCCAUUUUGUAAUGAAUCUUGCUGGACAGACAAAAAACUGAUGAACCAUAUCAUUGAUGCUCACAACGAUGGUAUUCCAAAGAAAAGAAAGCAAAAUGACAGCUUUUCUGAAAUUGUAAUUCACAGAUUUUGUUUAUUUAAUAAGAUGCAUUACAUCUUCUUUAAUUAAUUAAAUAAAAAAUAUUUUUAGAAUAUGUAAUGCAGCGUAAUGUGAAUAAUGCUUGAUAGUAAAUGGUUAGUAACUCAUUAAGUGGCAAUACAUCUUAGUGCACCCUAGCUUUUUCUGCCUAACACCAGAUGACUUUAGUCAUCAAUGGAAGAGCUCUGCCACUUAAUGGAUUUUUGAACCGUGCAAUAUUUGUCACACCCGUACACUGUUACAAAAGAUUCACCAUUAUGCCAUUAUGUGAUUGUAUUUUUCUGCGUAAUCCCCAUUAUACAUAAUAAUUUUUCAUUCUUCAGGCCGGAUUCAUUAUGUGUGUUGGUGAGUGACAGUAGCAUUGAAAGCAGUCCUGAAAAAACUGAAAGUGCAAGACUUUAAAACUAUAAACUGUCAUGUUUGGGCCGUAUUUUUUGUUUGGGGAACUUCUUGCAAAUUAUUUGGAAGAACCCACUGUUUAUUUGGAAUGUGUUUUUUUUUUUCACCAUCCCCCAAGCUCUUACUAAGCUACAUUUUGAAGGUCGUUUGAUGUGAUUUUUGCUGGAACAUAAGCACAUGAUGAAAACUGUGCAUGUUACUGCUGACUUACUUCUAGCUCUUUCUUUUACAUUGUUAUUUUUUAGUUCUGUCCCAACAAUUUUAAUUUGGUCCUAGAACACUUACAGUAUACGAGAAUACUUUGGAAUAAUUUCUUAAUUUAAUGUUACAUUUUGAUGCUUAAUUGUCAAUGAUUACUUACAGUGUAUUCACAUUUUAGCAAAAGGUCUCUAAAAGUGGCAAGAAAUUUGCUGGAUGAAGAAAUGAUUUCUGAUGAUGAACGGUACUAUUUGCAGUACUCUGUUUAUUGUUCAUUUAUUUAAUGAUCUAUGCAAAUAACGAAAUGUUAUUGGCUCGCUUAAGUCACGUGCUGAAUUCUGAUUGGCUAAGCUUAGAAUGCGCUGGACGGUAAUAAGUAAGGAAAAACUAAAAAUUUAUCAAAACAGUUAAAAAACAUUGUUUUAAAGAAAUAAAAACGUGUGAUAAAAAGGCAAUUAUUUAAUUUUGAAUGUUGUGUAACUAAUUAAAUGACUGCAAUUACUACCAUUUCACGCGUUUCUUCACGUUCCAAACGUAACGUUUCCUAAUGAAUUCUGUUACUUUAACCAAUGAAAUCAACACGUUUGAACAUAGAUCAUUUGCCGCGCGCAGCAAGCACUCAAUGAAAAGCAUUGUUCAUAUAUAUACACAAUAUACCUAAGGUUGGCAACUAUAUCUCAACUGACGAAUAUACGACUUCGGCAAAACGCAAAAUACUUCGCACACGUAAAUAAAACAUGAUAAAAAAAUUAUAGCACAUUAAACUCUGAUAAUUUUUCUAUUUACUCACACGUAAAUUUUGUUUUCAAGACUGUAAGAAAGCUGAAAAAUUUGCACAAACAUUUCAUGGUUUCACGAAAGUUUUGUUGUCACCAUGCGGGAUGCUAGAGGUUAUUUCAUUUGUCAUAUUGUCAAAAAAAUUAUGUGAUUCAUUUGGUUGAAAAUAAAACAUUUUGUGACGUAUUUAUAGUAAGAAUUUGGUUUCAGGGGGGGGUGAACUACAACAUGAAGACUGAUAAAAUACAAGAGCAAUUUUCUUUCGAAGAUAAAAUGGUGGAUUUUAACAAUUUUUUAUACCCUUCCAUAUUCCAUAACUUUUAUCUACAGCAAAACAACCAGGCAACUUUUAGCUACAUGUACACAUAAUGUCAUAAACUUCUGAGCAAUAAUAGCGAAGAAAAUUUGUUAACAAGACAUAAACAUAGACAUAUGUUAUAAAUUAUUUGUUAUUGAAAAGUGUCCUAUUUUUUAGGCAGGAAACUGUCGAGUUAAGGAAAGUUAGAAAAGGCUAUCUUCAUACCCGUCACUGGGAUGAAGUACCUUUGCAACAUGUUGAAGUUCUUCCCUUUGAUAUUGAUGGACAUUGUCGAUAUUCUUUACCAUGCAAUCCAACAAAACUUAUGCAAUCCAGUAAAGAUGGACGGCCAUGGCAAGCUUAUAUUUCAUCAAGUCGGAAAGGUUUUAAAGGCAUUAGAAGAAUAGCUGAAUGCAAAGGUUCUCAUGUAUGCAACAAUAUACAAUGUCCUUAUAUGCAACAAUUCAAAACUUUUAACACCGUUCAGUUUGAGUCAUCGGGUGGUAAGCGAGUUUGUUCGUGUUGUGGUUAUGCUGCUGACCAUACUCCAUGCGAAGCAAGAAAAAUGUGGGAGUUUGAGAAUGGUCACUCUGCAACUACUGUUAUUAUUUAUCACGAGGGAACGCAUUCCUGCACAGCAGUUAGACCAAAACGCUCAGCAGAUGAAUAUGUCAAAUCUGUCCUUAAAGAAAACAAACACAUGACACCUGGCCAGUUGCCAAACUACAUCAUAACCAAGAUGAUAGACGAUGGGAGUGACUGGAGUGAGAUUACAAAUAAAGCACGCGAAUUUACCGAUGUAGAAACGUCAAAGUUAAAAAGUGCUAUGAAGAAACAAAUGAAUCCGCAUGGACAGUUUCAACGCUGUUACUAA